GAGCAAUAAUUCUUGCUCUGUCAAUUUCUUUUAUUCAAAUUAGAGCCAAUAGGGACAAUUAGCCAUAAAGUCAGAGUGUUGUUUUACUCCUGUACACUAGAGGGCGGUGUCACAUGUAACAUUGGUUCGUAACCCAACAACAACAACAACAACAACAGAAAAACAGAACAAGAAGAUUUCCCGCGAAGAAGAAAAUUGAAAAAACAUCAACAUGUUAGUUUUACAACUUGAGUAAACGUAUAACAUUAGUAACCGUGAAAACACCCGGUAACAUGUUGAGUGUGGAGACGUUAGAGAGUCAGAUAGCUGUUGUCAUGGAGACCGUGGUGGAGGCGGCUGUGACGGAGCUCCGCAGACUUCUGGACCUGUGCUCGGCUAACGUGAAAACUUCAACCGCUGAAGAGCGCUCUGCUCCGGCUGUGAAGGACGAGGAGCAGCGGGGGGGUCAAGUGACUCCACCGGAGGACAACAAGUAUUAUAAAGAUUUAACGAACCAGUUUGUAUCUCUCAUGUCAGCGUGGACCAAAAGUGCAACAGAGAAACUACUGAUGAUGUUGAAAGUGUCUUUAUGUGAAGCUGAGGAUGGUGCUGCUGCAGAACAGAGGCUGAAUGAUGAGACAAAUCAGACGAGUGUGAAGCUAAAAGCAACAAAAGCAGGGCGAGUGGCCGGGCCAAAGAAAGGCUCAAAAAGCUCUCGUCUGAAGAGAAAGGGAGGACUCCAACCAGCAUUCACACAGGAGAAUGAUCAUUCAUAUCACAGAGUGGAGCAACAGCCUGAAGUACCAACCGCGGCUGCUGACCCAGAGUCUGAGAUUGAAUGUGAUGAUGUAGACACAGAGGUGUGUAAGUCUGAGUCCACAUUGGAAUCUGAAGCUCUGCUAACAAAUCCCUCCUCAGAGCUGGACUCCGAUGUGAGAGCAGGUGAUGUCGUUCAGGAGGAAACAGAGACCGCAACCAACACGCUGGAGAAUAGAAAAAACACCACGAGACCAUUUCAGUGUCCUUCUUGUGACAAGUCGUUCACUCUGAAGUGUUUGAUGGAGAGACACUACCUGAGUCACUCCAAACCUCACCUCUGCCAGGAGUGCGGCAAACGUUUCUCGGUGCUGCGGGGACUCGAGGCUCAUUCGAGACGUCACACCGGAGAGAAGCUUCACAAAUGCGUGGAGUGCGGGACAGAGUUUGCUCACAAGUCCACCUUUGUCAGACACAUGCGUCGGCACGCACUGAAGCAACCAAACACCCGAACCUGCACGCUGUGUGAGGGUCAGUUCAGCGGGGCGCUGGCGCUGCAGCGGCACAGGUGCAGUGCCUUGAAUAAGACGUUUGUCUGCUCGCUUUGUCCGGAGACGUUUCAGUGCAGGCAGAGUCUGGCCGAUCACGAGAGUCUACACUCAGGUGACAGAGAUUUUGUCUGUGAAAUGUGCGGCGACAGUUUCUUCACGCCCUUGUCUUUGGCGACUCAUCGGUUUACUCACGUGCAAAAGGAAACUGCUGCGACGUGCUCGGCCUGGGAUGCAGCGACUUCAGCGUCCUGAAGAAUCACCUCAGCAAACACACAGGAGAGAAACUCUUCUCCUGUGAGGUUUGUGGGAAAGGUUGCAGCCACAAGAGCGCACUGAAGCACCACAUGCUGACCCACACCGGAGAAAGGCCAUAUGUGUGCGAGACCUGCGGCAAACGCUGCGGCCACGCCAGCGCGCUCCAGAACCACAUGAGGAUCCACACCGGCAAGAAACCGGGCCAGCAGCCGGUCUGCGACGUCUGCAGCAAGAAAUUCCACUCCACGGUCAAACUUAAGUAUCACAUGAGCAUCCACACAGGGGAGAAGCCGUACGCCUGCGAUCAGUGUGGUAAGAAGUUUAGCAACCCCAGCAAUCGGAGGGUGCACCAGACGAUCCACUCGGGGGAGAAGUUGUAUGGCUGCAACGUCUGUGGCAAGAGGUUCACUCAGUCCACCAGCCUCAAGCUGCACAGAAGUAUCCACACGGGGGAGAAACCGUACAACUGUCAGGUCUGUGGGAAAGGAUUCCUGAACAGUGGGGACUUCAGGAAACAUCAGAGGAGUCACCUAGGGGUGACUGUCUGAAAAAAUGCAGUGAAUCUCCAAAAUAUUAAACUACUAAAUGGUCACAUUCUAUACACAUUCACAUUUGCUUUCUGUACAGUGGGCCCCAUGCUGUGAAUGUGAUGAUAAAUACAAUGAGACAAUUGAGUCAGUCAUCAAUGAUUUCUUCAUCCUGCUCACACAGAUGAGUCAAAUCAUUUGAUUUCCUCCCCGGCUUUAGACCAUUGCUGGCUUCAUGUACGCGUAAGAGUCACUAUACCAGGAAGGAUAUCAAGAGGACCACAUGUAUCUUAUUCCCACUGCCAGAGGGCUAAAUGUGUUUAAAAUGUUUGGAUUCUCUCAUCUGACAGAUGCUGACUACCCAUACAUGUACGGCCUCAGCAAAACAAACAUAUAGUAUGUGCCCCCUUCUGGCCUCCAAGUUGUAUUACAAUACUUAAUGCCCUCGUCAACACAUUAUGACAUAUCCACAAAAUAUCUUAAUUCCUCAGUGCUCGUCUUAAGAAAAUGUUGCUGACAGGCUCUUGAAGAGAUGAGUAUUGACUAGAUGUGAAUUCUGGACCAGGUGUUCUCAGCUUCUGUUAGCAUUGGUUUGGUUUUGUUAAAAAAAAAAAAAAAAAGUUAAAUAGUACGAGAAUGUACCACUUUUUGUUUUGAGUUCAAACAGUUAUUAAAACAUACAUUUCUUUACUGUAA